AUGAGCAGUAUUAACUUAGAAAGUUGCGAUGAAUUAGUUCAAAACCAUCCAAACUCAUAAUUCCUAUAAUAUAAAAGAUAGUUUCAUUAAGGGUAUGAGCAAAUGAAAUCAGGCCUAAGAAACAAGUCACCAAUUGAUAAUGAAAAAGUUUUAAAUUCAUAUAAUUAAGAAAAAUAAGGUAUUAGUAGCUAAACAUUUUAAAUUUACAGUCAUAUUAGUUAUGGCAGUGCUCUUUAGAAAGAAUAACAUAAUAAUUUAAAUUAAAAUAUUACCAAAGAUUUUAAUUCUGCUUUUUAAUAGCACAAAACGCUUCAAGGUUUGUAAAAUUUAAAUGAUGCAAUCAAGUUUUAAUCUAGCUUAGAUCACAGUUAAUAAGAUUAGACUUAUUCAACAUCUCAUUUAUUUAAAGAUUGCAAUAAAAUAAGUAAGAAGGAUUUGUCUACUAAUGAAUAAUCUUGUAAUCAAUUUUAGAAUGGAAGCAAUUAACCAUAUAAUAAUUAAGUUGAUAAUUAGCUCUCCUCUUAAAUAAUUUAAUAACAAAUGAGUAGAUAGCUGUAAAUACUAUAAAUGCCUAUUUCAGAUAAUAAAAAAUUAAUAUCUCAUACUUCUAAUAUAUAAGAAAUUGACUUAUCAAAUAGUUAACUCACUGUAUUUUCUUAAGAUAUUUGUUAAAUGUUACAACUCACAAAAAUAAAACUUGAUUCAAACGCUAUUACAAAAAUACCAUCAGAAAUCAAUAAAUUAGUUAACUUGAAACAGCUUUCAAUAUCUGAUAAUAAAAUCUAUUCAUUGCCUAGUAGUUUUGAAGGACUUCAAAGCCUUAUUUUGUUAAAUAUUUCUAAAAACUUUUUGGAUCCUUUCCCUCAAGAAAUCUGCAAAUUAAAGAAUUUAGUCAUUUUGCAUAUAUAAAAUAACUAUUUUAUUUCUUUGCCUCUUGAAUUCGCUUUAUUAGAAAACCUAUAAGAAUUUUCUAUAGAAUGGUUCAAAUAUACUUUUCCAUCAAUGAACUAGAUUUAGUCAGACUAUUUUACAAUUUAAACGCUUAAAAAUGAAUGCAAAAGACUUUAUUUAUUAAGAAAAUAAUAGUACAUAUAGAAUUAUUGUAUGUAGGAUCAAUCUCUACCAAAUAACCUAACAUAACAAAAGCUUUAAGAAAAUUCUUAGUAAUUAAGUGAAGUUUAAUUGAAUUAGCUUUAAAUAAAUUCAUGUAUAUAAAGCUUUCAAACAUCAUAACGUGGGACUGAUGUAAUGAUAGAUGUAGACGAAUAUAGUAAUUGCUUUGAAAGCACAGGACAUAUUUCUGAUAAUUCUAAAAUAAAAAACUUGCAAAACAUCCAGACUUAAUAUGCAACAAAAGAAGUCAACAAUAAAAAUUAAUUAUACUUAAAUAAUACCAAUGACCUAUCUUUUUAAUAAUUUUUAACUCUCUUUUCUAAAGAUCCUAUUUCUUAUUUAAGUAAAUCAGAUGUUAGAGGAAGAAAUAUUUUCCAUUUAAGUGCUUUAAAUUAAGAAGUUAGUAUAAUAAAAGCAGCCAAUUUUUGCUAAUUGCACCCUUAAAGCAUUAAUUAAAUGGAUGACGACUAUCAAACCCCUCUCUCCUUAGCUCUCCUAGAAGAAAAAUUUUUAAGUGCAAAAAUACUUCUUUUCUUUGGGGCUGAUCCACUUUUAGGUGGAGGAAAGCUUGGAACAUGCUUGCAUAUUGCUGUUACAAAGAUGGAUAUUGAAAUAGUAAACCAAAUUUUAAAUAGAGGAGGUGAUGCAAAUAGCAGAGAUUUCGAAGGGAACACUCCUUUGCAUUUAAUAUUUAGUAUUUUUAGAAAAGAUAAAAGAAAGGCGGCUUCAAUUAUAGAGCUAUUAAUCUAAAAUGGAGCUGAUUGUAACGUAAAAAAUUUUGAUAAUUGGAGUCCACUUCACUUAGCCGUCAAGAGAAUGCAAGUAGAAGCUAUAGAAUGGAUAGCAAGCUAUGAAAAAUAUGGUGAAAAAUUUAAUUGGAAUAUCUAAGGAGGUAAUUAAUAGCUUAGCUUGCUUCAUUUGGCAUCGAAACUUGGCUACACAGAGAUAAUACAAGUUAUUAUUGAGAAAGUUGACCCUCUUUUAGUUUCUAGAUGUAAUUAAAUUGCAAGAGAUUUAGGUUAAAGCAAUAAUCUGAUUUCUAAGUUACUCAAAAAGAAGGAAAUAGAUGUCUUUAAAAAGCACUUUAAUAUGUAGUAAAAGCAGUUAAGCGAAGAAUAAAAUUAAAGUAAUUUUGAUGAUAAAAGGAACAAAUAAUUUAAACAUCUUAAGUCUACCUUUUUACUUGAAAACAAAAGCUUUCCAAUUGAAAAAUACGAACAGCUUAUAGAAGAAAAACUCGCAGCUUCUAAAUAAAUUUAAUAGAGAAACAUCAAAUUAGAGUAGGAAUAAAAAUAAAAUAUUUAAAGUAAUUUAUACGAUAAUAGGUUUGCAAAAGUUCCUAGCUUGAAGGAAAAUUUUGCUCUUCUUAGAGAUUAUUAUGGAGAUAGUUAAUUAGAUUUUUACAACGAAAGAUAAAAAAGCCAAGAUAAUACUUAAAGGAGCAAAACAUACUCUAUAUAAUAAUAAAAUUUAAUCUUAGUGAAUGAGUUAGAAAUUUACUGUUAACAAGUUAUUAAUCUAGUGAAAAUUAAUUCAACAGAAUUAUUUUUAGAAUCGAAAAAGCAAAAAACAGAUUUUUCAUCAAAUACUGAUAGAUUAUCUCAUCUGAAAUCAAUUACAGAAGGAUAGAAUAAUUCAUGUGAGUUGUUAGAACAAGAAGAAAUAAAAAAUAUGUGGUAUGGUAAAAAUGAUAGACUCAAAAUUAAAAACAGUAAUGUUUUAGCAAGCUCAAAGAUUUUACAUAAUUAAGAUGAUAGUUUUGAAAUAAUAGAAAAUUCUGAUGAUAAUAUACCUGAAGAAUACUCUAGCUCGCAUUCUAAAAUGCAUCAGUUUAGCAUAUAAAAUUAUUAGUCAACUAACAAUUAGCUUUGGCAGCUAUCAGAAACAGAAAAAAAUUUAUAAAAUAUUCUAAAAUAAUCAAUAAAUGCAUUAAUUGAUGAAAGAAUAAAUUUAACUUUGAAACUCUAACUGCUGCAGCUACUUUCUGUGCAUAUUUAACAGCAAAAAUAAAAUAGCACAGACUUAGAAAAGCUACUCUAGUUGACUAAAAUUAAUUAAGCAGCCAGCCAUACUUCUUCUUUUGACUCUAAUACUUAAAGAAGCAGGAGCGUUAUUUCUUCGAGAGAUGAUGAAAAAAGUAUUAACCAAAGAGUUUUAUUUGAUUACCUACCUCUUUAUCUCCAAUCAGUUAUAAGAUAUAAUUCUGAGAAAAAUUCUAACUAAUUAAUUGUAACCAAAAUAUUGGAUUUGAUAUCUCUGAUUCCAAAUUAGAACUUACUUUAAUUUUUAGAAAACUUUUAUAAGUAAAUUUCUAAUUAAAUGCCUAAUUGUUCUUCUUCAGUUAACCUAAUGAAAAGCAUCUUUGAUGUCUACAGCUUUCUAUAAAAUUAACAAAAGCUGAAAAAAAAAGUUUCUCCUCUAGCAAACUUUGCUAAAAAAUCUUAAUAAAAUAAAAUUUCCAACAAAAAAUAAUAAAUUAAUAAUUAAAACGAAAAGGCAUAAGUCUCCUCUGUUCCUCCAAUCGCUUAUUUCCCUUCUUAAUCAACUGCUUAAGUGAGAAUUCCAAGAAUGAAUUUUAAUUAAACUAAUUAAGAGAACUCAACACCUCAAGCAAUCAAGCAUAAGGCCUGCUAUCCUACAAUUUAAAUAGAUUUUUAUCAAAUGACUUAAAAUUAAUUCAUAAAAGAAGAUUAAAAAACAUAAAAAAUUGAAAAUAUCUACAAUGAAUUAAAUGAAAACAAAUAUCAAAAUAAUAUCUAUGAUUUAGAGUCAAUUUAAUAAUACUCAGUAAAAAACUAAAAUUAACUUGAAUCAAGUUAGAAUUAAUAUGAAAAUGACUUUAAAAAAUUAUAAUUAAAUUAAUAGAAUUUUGGUCAAACUUCAAAUGAAAAAAAUUUAGAGUAACAAUAAUAACAAUUUAAUAUAAUUAAUAAAGCUAAUGGAAGUGUGAGUAUGCAUUCAUAACCAGUUUCAGUAAAUUUCAGUCUAUAGACUCACAACUCUACUUAAAAGUUGCCUCCUACUGAAAAUAAUUAAAAUACAAGUUUAUUAACACCUAGGGAUAACAAUAAGUCUUUUUUUAAACAAUAAGAAAAUAAUAACAUAAAAAGUAAGUAUUUUUAUCAUAUUUAACCUCAAAAUUAAGAAAUUUAAAAUAAUUUAAUUUCAAAACAUUUUUAAGAAGCAGGAAUUCUAAAUCCAACAACUAGCAAACAAAAAAAAUCAUUAACUCCUAAAAAAGUAAACUCUGCAGCCAGAGUAUCUAACAUAGUUGGUGUUAUUAAGGAUACACCAAUUUCAAUUUAAAUUACUCCUAAAAAGUUAGAGCAUGCUUAUUCGUGCAGUUAAAAUUUAUAAACACUUUCAGCAACCUCUAGCUAAAGCUAAUAAAACACACAUAAUAUCAACAAACAAUAAAUAAGCAAUAAAAAAGACUAAAACAGUUUUACAAGCUCCACUAUUAAUAGAGAUUCAAGCAAUCAAAAAAUAAUAGAAACCAACCCUUGCAUAACCCCUUCUUAAACUUUUAAGACUUAAAGUACAAGCACUGAAAGAUUAAGCUUUUCUGCAAAUUCUUAUAAUAUUUAGUAGAAAAUUCAAUUGAAUAGAAUUAUCUAAAGUAAAACACAAACUUCACAAAACAAUCAUAUUUCUAUCAAAAAGCCUGAAAAACUAUUUGAAGCUACUCUAGAAAAAAAGAAAUAAAACAGUUAGACAAUGAGAUUGGCUUAGGAUCAUAUUAAAAAUCAUAAGAACAACGAAUUAAAUGAAUUUCUAAAAAUUUAAACUAAAAAUGAACAUUCUUAAUUAUUUAAAGAUGCUUUAAGUUAAACUUACUCAUUUUAAUCAAAUCAGGCAAUUAAUCCUAAAUAAGAAAUAACAGAAAAUAUUUAAUCAAAAGAUGUCUCUGCAAUUUGUUCACAUUUAGACUCACAAAACUAUUCGUAAAACUAUACAGAUAUUCUUUAUUAAAAUAAUUUGACUUCAAAGACCACUCUCUCACAAACCUCAAAUAACUACUAAGACAAUAGUCCUAAAUAAAUUUCAGCAAUAGAUUCUCCUAAAAAUAGAAUAUCCAGCUUUUAAAAGUAAAAUUCAGUAAACACCAAAUCUCAAUUGCCAAACAAAUUUAGUAGAUUUGUAAAAUGA